ACAGCCGCACCAACAACAACGACCGCAGCUCCAACAACCACAACAGCGGCACCAACAACCACAACAGGCGCACCAACAACCACGACAGCUGCACCAACAACAACGACCGCAGCUCCAACAACCACGACCGCAGCUCCAACAACCACAACCACAGCUCCAACAACCACAACUGCAGCUCCAACAACCACAACAGCGGCACCAACAACCACAACUGCAGCUCCAACAACCACGACCGCAGCUCCAACAACCACGACCGCAGCUCCAACAACCACAACAGCCGCAGCAACAACCACAACAGGCGCACCAACAACAACGACAGCCGCACCAACAACCACAACAGUCGCACCAACAACAACGACUGCAGCUCCAACAACCACAACAGCGGCACCAUCAACCACUACCGCAGCUCCAACAACAACGACUGUAGCUCCAACAACCACGACCGCGGCUUCAACUACCAUAACAAACUCACCGACAACUUCGACUGCAGUACCAAUAACCACGACAGCCGCACCAACAACAACGACCGCAGCUCCAACAACCACGACAGCCGCACCAACAACCACGACCGCAGCUCCAACAACAACGACUGUAGCUCCAACAACCACGACCGCAGCUUCAACUACCAUAACAAACUCACCGACAACUACGACUGCAGUACCAAUAACCACGACAGCCGCACCAACAACAACGACCGCAGCUCCAACAACCACAACAGUCGCACCAACAACAACGACUGCAGCUCCAACAACCACAACAGCGGCACCAUCAACCACUACCGCAGCUCCAACAACAACGACUGUAGCUCCAACAACCACGACCGCAGCUUCAACUACCAUAACAAACUCACCGACAACUACGACUGCAGUACCAAUAACCACGACAGCCGCACCAACAACAACGACCGCAGCUCCAACAACCACGACAGCCGCACCGACAACAACGACCGCAUUAUCAACUACCACGACCGCAGUGCCAACAACAACGACCGCAUUAUCAACUACCACGACCGCAGUGCCAACAACCACGACAGGCGGCGCACCAACAACCACGACAGCCGCACCAACAACCACAACAGCCGCACCAACAACAACGACCGCAUUAUCAACUACCACGACCGCAGUGCCAACAACCACGACAGCCACACCAACAACAACGACUGCAGCUCCAAUAACCACGACAGCCGCACCAACAAACACGACAACCGCACCAACAACAACGACUGCAGGUCCAACAACAACGACUGCAGCUCCAACAACCACGACCGCAGCUUCAACUACCAUAACUGCAGCUCCAACAACCACAACAGCCGCACCAACAACAACGACCGCAGCUCCAACAACCACGACAGCGGCACCAACAACCACGACAGCCGCACCAACAACCACGACAGCCGCACCAACAACAACGACUGCAGCUCCAACAACAACGACUGCAGCUCCAACAACAACGACUGCAGCUCCAACAACCACGACAGCGGCACCAACAACUACAACAGCCGCACCAACAACCACUACCGCAGCUCCAACAACCACGACCGCGGCUCCAACAACCACGACAGCCGCACCAACAACCACGACAGCCGCACCAACAACAACGACCGCAGCUCCAACAACCACAACAGCGGCUCCAACAACCACAACAGGCGCACCAACAACCACGACCGCGGCUCCAACAACCACGACAGCCGCACCAACAACCACGACAGCCGCACCAACAACAACGACCGCAGCUCCAACAACCACAACAGCGGCUCCAACAACCACAACCGCAGCUCCAACAACCACGACCGCGGCUCCAACAACCACGACGGCAGCUCCAACAACCACAACAGCCGCACCAACAACAACGACUGCAGCUCCAACAACCACAACAGCCGCACCAACAACCACAACAGCCGCACCAACAACAACGACCGCAUUAUCAACUACCACGACCGCAGUGCCAACAACCACGACAGCCACACCAACAACA